CAGAGUCCUGAUUACCAGAGUUGUUGACGCAAAGCCAAGCUGUCAAUAAACUAAACUGUUGACUCUAAGAAGGCAGUUCCAAUGGACCUAGACCAUCUGAGCCGGCAUACGGUGCCAGAAAGCAGCCAUAAAGGGACUAAGUAAAUCAACUCCAUGGUUUUCAUGAAGACCUCGAGAUAACAAAACUAUUUUCUUUACAUGCGUCUCCUCUGAUCCUGUGGAGAUGAAAAUUGACAUCCACAGUCAUAUUCUACCAAAAGAAUGGCCAGAUCUAAAGAAGAGAUUCGGUUACGGAGGCUGGGUGGAGCUCCAACACCACAGCGAGGGAGAAGCAAAGAUGCUGAAAGAUGGGAAGGUCUUCAGAGUGGUCCAAGAGAACUGCUGGAAUCCAGAAGUCCGUCUUAGAGAAAUGGACCAAACAGGAGUGACCGUGCAAGCCCUUUCCACGGUUCCGGUUAUGUUUAGCUACUGGGCCAAACCUCAGGACACUUUAGACCUGUGCCAGCUUCUAAACAACGACCUAGCUGCCACUGUUGCGAGCCACCCCAAGAGGUUUGUGGGUCUGGGGACGUUGCCUAUGCAGGCCCCUGAGCUGGCUGUCAAGGAGAUGGAGCGCUGCGUGAAGGAGCUGGGCUUCCCGGGGGUUCAGAUCGGCUCCCACAUCAACGAGUGGGACCUGAACGCGCAAGAACUCUUCCCUGUGUACGCAGAGGCUGAAAAGCUGAACUGUUCCCUAUUUGUGCACCCCUGGGACAUGCAGAUGGAUGGACGGAUGGCCAAAUACUGGUUCCCUUGGCUCAUAGGAAUGCCAGCAGAGACCACCACAGCCAUUUGCUCUAUGAUCAUGGGCGGAGUGUUUGAAAAGUUUCCUAAACUGAAAGUAUGUUUUGCGCAUGGAGGUGGUUCCUUCCCCUUCACAGUAGGAAGAAUCGCCCAUGGAUUCCACGUGCGUCCGGACCUGUGUGCCCAGGACAAUUCAAUCAACCCAAAGGAAUACCUUGGUUCCUUUUACACGGACUCCUUGGUUCAUGAUCCUCUGGCCCUCAAGCUAUUAACAGAUGUCAUAGGAAAGGUAAGCCGGGGCUGACGUACGGGGAGCAGAGUGCAGGAUCAGCAACCAGUUUCUUGGUCUGUCUCCAAAAAGGGAUGGAAGAAAAGGUAUUAGAAGUAAAAAAGAGGGACAGUGAGGUUUGGGAUUAGGUUUGCUUGCACAGAGUGUACUAUCCAGAACCUCCUUCAACAUAAGACCCAUGUAUCACCAGGGAGUCAUUGUUUAUGUAUGCCAGAGAAAUCCCAGAUGACCCACAUGGCUGGAUAGUUCCCCAGAUAAGUUCCUUUUUCUUAUGGUCAUCUCUGUACCCAUCCAAAGUGACACAUCAUGAUGAGGUAAGCAGGAAAAAAACCAUCAGUUUUGAAGUCAAAUUCACCUGGAUUAAAGUCCUGGCUCUACCUCUUACUAAUUAGGUAAACUGAAUCUAACUGUCCUUAUCCACUAAAUGAGAGAAUUGAGCAUUAAGAGGAAGAAAUGGCACUGGCCAGAGAGACAGGGGAAGAUGACACGAAGGGUCUUACGUACCACCUGAAAUUUUCUUCUUGGAAUAACACAGCCUUUGUUUUGAAAAUGAUUCUCUCCUUUGGGAAAAAAAAAAAACAAACAAACAAAACAAAAAACAAAAAAAAAACCCACCAGCACAGUAGUGCUUUAAACCUCACAAGAAAAAGUCUUUCCUCUGUUGUGGUCUGCUAGCAACUCACCCAGUUGGUGGCAUCUCCAUCUUAAGUAUUCUUUGAAAAUGCUAACUCAGCAAUGAAGACAAUGUUUAGAGCAAAGGCCAGUCUUAAUUAGUGAAAAGUCUGAAAUAUUUAGUAUUUCAAUUCUGUUGUAUUAUUUACAGAUGUCUACAGAAGAUUUCUAAAUUUUCCCAAAGAAGGAACACUUUGGGGUUUCUAAAAGACUAGGGACAUAUGUAUUUAAAGGUUGGCAAUAUGGUACUUGGAUUGA